GCGCUUUUCUCAGGCGAUGGUUUGGCCCGCAGGGUUACAGGAAGUUGGAGCAGCUGCCAUGUUUAGCUGCUUUGUUGUAGAUUUCUUGUAGGUUUCCUGCAGAUUUUUUAGCUAAGUGUUGCAAUGGAGCCGAGCUGGAGCUCAUUUUUAUUCCAGACAAAUGACACCCUCCACCACCAGCACCAGGUUGGCCAGAACAGUCUGCUGCCUCUGCUCAAUGCUGGAACAGAACCCCAAGACCAAAAGCCUGUGCUCCCUAUCCCACUGGAGCAGAAGCCUCCAGUCAUUGCGGCCGAGCUCCUCAAGGACAACAUGGCCGGUGGAACAGGUGGAGGAGGAGGGGGUGGUGGAGGGGGAGGAGGUGGCGGUCCUGUGGUGGUUAAGAAGGAGCCCAAGUCAAAAACGCCCUUCAUCUGUGGCUACUGCAGCAAAUCCUUCCGAGACAGCUACCAUCUGCGGCGGCACGAGUCUUGUCACACGGGCAUCAAGAUGGUGUCCCGGCCCAAGAAGACACCAGCAGCGCCCACCAUGGUGCCCAUGAUCUCCACUGUGCAACAGAGGGAUAGCAACGGCAACCCCACCUAUGUCUCUGCUGCAGGUAUCCUGACAGGAACCAAUUCGGCUACAGUGGCAGUGGGCACAAUGGCCACUCUGCCGCAGCAGCAGCCCAGUGUACCCAAAAAGCCCCCAAAGCCAGUGAAGAAGAACCAUGGCUGUGAGAUGUGUGGUAAAGCCUUUCGCGACGUCUACCACCUGAACCGGCACAAGCUGUCACACUCAGAUGAGAAGCCUUUCGAGUGUCCCAUCUGCCACCAGCGAUUUAAGAGGAAGGACCGCAUGACCUACCAUGUGCGCUCGCAUGACGGUGGUGUGCACAAGCCCUACAUCUGCUCCGUCUGUGGCAAAGGCUUCUCCAGGCCAGAUCAUCUCAGCUGUCAUGUUAAACAUGUCCACUCUACAGAGCGGCCUUUUAAAUGCCAAGUAACGGCCUGCACAUCUGCUUUUGCCACCAAAGACCGCUUGCGUUCCCACAUGAUCCGGCACGAGGGUAAAGUCACCUGCAACAUAUGCGGAAAGAUGCUGAGUGCUGCCUACAUCACCAGCCACCUGAAGACACACAGCCAAGCCGGCUUCACCUCGCCCUGUAACAAAGGUACGCCAGCCCUCGCCCCUCACUCCUCCUCCACCUCCUCCUCUACCACUUCCUCCUGGCCUCCGCUCGCCUCGGCUGCACCAAACCAGGAUGGCACACACUCAGACACUAACAACGCAUGCAACUCUGCCUCAGCUACACCAGUCACUGCCUCGGCCACUGCCGCCAGCACUGCCAGCAUGAACCGUGGAACCGUCAGCAACCCUGUCACUAUCUCCUCCAACACAGUCAAUAUCACAGCACCAGUGAGCCUCCAGCACCCAGUGACCAUCACUGCUCCAGUCAAUAUUGCCUCGGUGAACAUCCCCGCCACAGCAACUGGCAUGAACAUCGCCCACCCAGUGGCCAUCAGCACCCCCAUGCCUAUGAACAUCACCGGGCCCCUCAACAUCGCCAUGAGGCCCAUGGAAAGCAUGCCGUUCCUCUCACAGGUUCUGCCUUCCUCGCCACCCUGGUAGAAUCCAGAUAGCUUCUGAUUACUCAUCCAACCCAGUGUGUCUUAUUUUAAAUCCUGUUCUGGUCUUCCAUUAGUAGCGUGCUGUGAAGAAAGGGCAAGCAAGGGUGUAAGGUAGAAGCUCCAAGCUUAGUGUGGAUAGACGGUAGCAUCAAAUGACGAAACAGUAAAGAUCUAGUUGGUGUUAGGCGGUGCUCUGUUUAUCCUAAUCUUUGGCUAUUGGCUAAGCAGAACCAGAAAUGUAUAGAGUUUAGUGAAAUAGCUUAUGGAAGAGGGGGCGGGAAAGGUAGUUAUUGUAUGUAAUGGAGGCUGGCAUGCUGUACUUUUGGUGAUUUCGCUUCGUUAGUGCCAGAAGAUCCCAGCCAAUGGCCAUAUGGAGAGGAGCAAAGUGCUUCAUCAGAGUGCGCAUGACUGGUUUUAACAGUUUUUUGAACUGUGAUGACUAUUUUUUUUGUUAUUUUUAGCUUGCUGAUCAGUAUUCCCUAGUUUAUUGCAUUGAGUUAUGUACUACAAAAGGGACAGGAGCUUCCAUUUGUGGGAGAGAAUUAUUUUUAAUACUAUCUAAGUAAGAGGCUGUUCUGGAUUUACAUUCAUUGUAAGCCACUUAAAACUGUAGCUAUUAUUCUAGUUUUACAAUGUUUUCUGGAGUUGAUCAUUCCUGGUAGAAGAAAGAUUAUGUACUAUUGUUUCGAAUAGCUGGGACAUAUUUCUGUUUAGUGAGUGUUGGACAUGAAAAUUAACACAAGUCUUGCACUGAAAACCUAUCUGAUCGGUGAUAUUCUAAUGGCAGUAUUAUGACGUUUUUAAAUUUGCGGCGUUACGUGUCUUUAUGUAGAUGUCUGGUUCACAAAAAGGAGUUCAUGAGAUCUUUUGAAAGAGUGUUUUGUCAAUAGGAACUCUUUAUUCUUCUUCCUUUAAGGAUGAGGGCUGUACUCGUAUGGACCUCUUCUCAGGGUCUUUACUGAGAGAAUCCCACUAAUUUGACACUCAUGUUGGUAAAAUCAUGCUAAACACUCUUCUGAAUUUUUCACCUCCUUAAUACACUAAACCAUUUUAUGUGUUGUUGUCCCAUAAAUGUGUCAUUUACUGUACCUGGGUGGAAGAUGCAUUUUGUUA